AUGAGCAUCUUCCGGAGCAAACGCUCCUCGACCCGUACCCCGUCCAUCUCGGCCGGGGCUGACUCUAUCGUCUCCCGGGAAGCCCUUACCACGCCCCACCCCUCCUCUCGCUCGGCCGGUAUACCCCGUCCUGACCGCCGGAUGCCCAAAGAGAACAUUGGCGUCACACGCCUGCUCGAGACGUACGACGAGUUUGCGCACCUGCAGCAGGUGGUAGCGAGCAUGGAGGCCGAGUUGGCGGCUGAGCGGGAGCGGGCCGAAGUCGCGGAGGAUGCCAAGGCGGCGCUAGAGAUACAGCUCAGAGAAGAGAAGGACGGGAGGGAGGCGGAUGGCGUCAAGGGUGGGAAAGACCUCAAGGCGGCAGAGGUGGCGAGGGAGAAGAAGAUCCGGGGGGAUCUCGAGCCAAAAAUCAAGGAUCUGACGGAAAAGCUCGCCAAGACGGAAAAGGAGAGGAAUGAGCUCAAGAAGGAGGUCAAGGAGAAGGUGGAUGGGAUGAAUCGGUGGAUCGUCAGUCUGGAGAAGUUGAGCAAGGAUAGGGCGCUGGCGGAGGGGAGGGAGCGGACGGCGGCGGAGGAGAGGAAGAAGCUGGAUGAGAAGCUCAAGGAGCUGGAUGGGGAGAUUUUGGUCGGGAUGAAGGGGUGGGCAAAGAAGGAGGAGGAGAAGAUUGCGGUGGUGGAGGAGGGGGAGUUAGCGGUUCACGAUACAUCGGUGUACCAAUCGGGAACAACAAUGAUGCUAGGCGCUGGACUCGAGCGAGGAUAUAAGACUGAUAUACGUUCGGUUGAUCAGGAGAUCAAGGCAGAAGUCAGCUGCUCAACUCGCGUUCGCCAUUCUGACCACAUGCAAGUAUCGAUCCACCUUCAUCGCGUAUCAUUAGCCAUAGUUCAAGCUCUUCGAGGCCGAGCAGCGACGCUUCCUAGGCAUGUGCUGCAUCAUCAUCGCGCUGCAGACCGCGGAGAGCUCGGAUGCUCGUCCCCUGCGGGGUCUACUGAUACAUCGGAACAGAAGUGGCUGGAACAGCAAAUCCGCCUAGACAUCCAAGCUGGGCUUCAGCGAGGACGUGAAAGUACUGGCCUUCUGCGCCUCUUUCCAAGCACCUUCGGAGAAGCCGCAAAAGCUCUCCACGAACUGCCUCAGAGUCGCGUGCUCGUCCUUGACCUCAGGGUAUCUGUCCGCGAUGUCCUCCAGCGCCGCAUUCCUCACGCUGAAAUCGUCUCUCUGCUUUUGCGCGAAUAUCUAAGAGAAAGUUGGAUGCUUCAGCUCUUACUCACAAGCCGUCCUCUCUUUGGUGUCCGAUGGGGGAUAGUAGCCACUGAUGGCGGCCUCAGGAUGGAUGGACAUGUCGGAGCUGUCAACGUGAGGUGCGGACAUGUCGAAUGUGUCGGAGAGCGUCGGCUGUGA